AAAUUUUCUCGCACAAAGCAAAGUGUUUUAGCUCAAUUCAUAGCUAAUUAAAUGUGAAAUGUGUAAACUAAAGCAAUAGUUACACUUUACAUAGUUAAGCUUGAAGCUACGUUUGGCUCGCCACGAACGCAACGUUUGUUUGAGUUCCUGGUCGCCGUUGCCUGGCACUUUUCACAGCUUGGUUUUGUCUAUUCAACUGUCACUGCCUCCCUUCCCUGCACAGGCGUAGUCCCAGGUAAAAGGUGUCUGAGUGUGUGUUUUGCAUUGCUCCUUACGGCUAAGGCAAGGUGAAACAUGAAGAUGGCUGACGGCUCGACCAUAUUGCGUAGAAACCGGCCAGGCACAAAAGCUAAGGAUUUCUGUCGCUGGCCCGAUGAACCGCUGGAGGAAAUGGACAGCACGCUAGCCGUGCAGCAAUAUAUACAACAACUGAUCAAGCGUGAUCCCUCAAAUGUUGAGCUUAUACUGACCAUGCCAGAAGCGCAGGACGAAGGCGUCUGGAAGUACGAGCAUUUGCGUCAGUUUUGUAUGGAAUUAAAUGGUCUGGCAGUGCGGCUGCAAAAACAGUGUUCACCCUCAACGUGCACGCAGAUGACAGCAACCGAUCAAUGGAUUUUCUUAUGUGCGGCACACAAAACGCCCAAGGAGUGCCCCGCCAUUGACUAUACGCGCCACACAUUGGACGGCGCUGCCUGUCUGCUCAAUAGCAACAAAUACUUUCCAAGCAGUGAUCUCACCACACACAGAGUUUCCAUCAAGGAGUCGUCGGUGACGAAGCUGGGCUCGGUGUGUCGACGUGUUUAUCGCAUAUUCUCGCAUGCGUACUUUCAUCAUCGUCGCAUCUUUGACGAAUUCGAGGCUGAAACGUAUCUAUGCCACCGAUUCACGCAUUUUGUCACAAAAUACAAUCUGAUGUCCAAGGAGAAUCUGAUUGUGCCCAUUAACGAGGAGGAGGAUGCAGCACCCGGUGAAAGUGAAGCCUAAGCCUAGACUCAACACAAACACACUGCAUAAGAAAUUAAGGACAGCAGCAGACAGAGACUGUCCACUCAUAACAACACUCACUUAAACAUAUUUAUAAUAUAUAUUUACUAAUAGCUUGCAUUAGAGCGAAAGGAAAGCGCAACUUUUUGUUAUUUUGGAUCAAACAGACAGACAGACAGACACAAGAGGCGGCAGCAGCUAUAACUGACGUUUAGAAAUCAAUUCGCAAAAUUAUUUUGUUUGCUGUUGAGGGCAAAAGCCCACAAUAAUACGUAUUUGUUAAUAAACAAAUGCAUCUAAGGGCGCGCCAAAAUUAUCAACAGUUAUAUUACGUUUAAAUUCACAUUUUAAUUAAAUUAUAUGUAGACACACACACAUACAACAAGUACACGAAGUUAUCUGACGAUUCGUUUUAUAAACUUGAACCAAGGCUAUUAAAAAAAAAACAGAACUUUACUAAUAACAAACAGAAACUACAAAUAUAUACACAUACCGAACAAACCGAACAAGAACAAUUGCAAUAAAUCGAAAGUACAUACAAUUAA